UCUACAAUUGACAUUUCUCUGGAUAAGAGUGUCUGCUAAAUGAACAUUUUGUUUUGGUUUGCUAAACUGACUAAGGAAAUCAUCCUGGAGAAUUUGGGCUACCCCAAAACCGAGGUUACAUCUGCAGGCCUCAUAGUUAAUCUCAUCUCCCUGCGAUAGCAGGACCGUCAUAAAACAUUGUUCCAGAAGAUUUUCCUUGGUUUAGGUCAAGGGGCAUUAUAUAACGAAUCUGAGCUGUGUGUGUGGGCUCAAAGGUCGCAAAUGAUAUUCUGUAAGGGGACAACACUGCUUGCAUGGGAAAUGUAAUCAUGAGACAAUGGUGGUUCUCUGGAGUCUGAGUCGCUUUGAGAGAAUAUAUCUUAGAACUACAGCAGAUCUUUCCAAAGAAGAUAGAGCAGUCAAUAACACUCAAAGAGCGACUUGUGCCACCCUGGAACGACAAUUUAAGCAAAGAAACUGGGCUCUUGAAGCAAGAAUGGAGAAGCCAGGACACUCAGAAGUACCCGGUCCCCUACCGGGCGCCGGGCAGGUCUCCGAGGAAACCGGUCCCAGUGCCAAGCUGUUCUGCUGCCGUUUUGUGAGGCGCUGGGUCCCCCUGGCUUACAGAGAAGAGCUAUACCAAGUCCUGCGCCUGACUGGGCCUCUGCUGGCAUCACGGAUUCUGAACUUCCUGCUCUCAUUUGUGAUCACGAUAUUCUGUGGACACCUGGGAAAUUCUGAACUGGCUGGCUACGCCUUGGCCUCUGCGACUAUUAAUGUCACAACAACUGCUACUGGAUGUGGACUAGCGCUUGCAUGUGACACUUUAGUAUCACAAACGUUUGGGAGUAAGAACCUGAAGCGUGUGGGGGUGAUCCUACAGAGGAGCAUACUAAUCCUGCUGCUGUUCUGCCUCCCCUGCUGGGCCAUCCUUAUCAACACCCAGUCCAUCCUCCUGGCUCUGCAGCAGGAAGCAGAAGUAGCCAGGAUAGCUCAUCUGUAUGUGAUUGCGUUCCUGCCUGCCGUUCCAGCUAUGUUUAUGCACCAACUGCAGGUGGCAUACCUCCAGAAUCAGGGAAUUAUUCUGCCUCAGUUAUAUACUGCAGCAGUGGCCAACAUCAUCAAUGUGGCUACAAACUAUAUCCUGAUCUUCUGGAUGGAGCUGGGAGUGAUAGGAUCUGCUGCAGCCAAUACCUUGGCUCAUGUGACAAUCUGUCUUCUCCUGUUUGCCUACAUCCGCUGGAAGAACCUGCAUGAAAAAACUUGGGGAGGCUGGUCUACUGCAUCACUUCAGGAGUGGGGAUCUUACAUGCAGCUGGCCAUCCCCAGUACACUAAUGCUGUGCUUUGAGUGGUGGAUCUAUGAAAUUGGGGGGUUCUUUGCAGGAAUGCUCGGAGAGGUGGAUCUGGCUGCUCAGCAUGUGCUCCUGGAGCUGGGGGCCAUAACAUACAUGUUCCCUUUGGGGGUCCAUGCAGCUGCCUGUGUCCGUGUGGGGAAUGCACUUGGAGCAGGAAACACAGCCAGAGCCCUUAUGACCUGCAAGGUGACACUUGUUCUUUCAGGUGUGCUAGCAAUAUUUCAGGGCAUCGUUCUCGGUGCUUCUAAAACAGUGAUCGGAUACAUUUUCACAUCUGAUGUGAAUAUUGUGGAACUGGUUUCUGGCGUCUUAACAGUGUACAUCUUCCUGCAGUUUUUCGAUGCCCUUGUGUGCGUCAGUUCUGGCAUCCUCCUGGGCGCGGGGAAGCAGAAGAUAGCCGCCAUGGCUAAUCUCAUAUGCUACUACUGUAUGGGGCUCCCACUGGGCAUCGCCUUGAUGUUCGCAGCUGAGCUGAGAAUAAUGGGGCUCUGGAUGGGCCUACUCACUUGUGUCAUCGUGCAAAGCUGCUUCUUCAUCACACUCAUCUUCAAACUGAACUGGCAGAGUGUGACUGAAGAGGCCAUGAAGCGUGCUGGGAAAGGUAACCGUGUGGUGCGUGUGGGGUCAAAGCGGCCCAUUGGAGAGCCUGUGACAGACACCUUGGUCCUGGAAAGCACUGGAAUCUUGGAUCAGGCAACAGACAGCGGGGUGACACAGACCGUGAAUGACAGGGACAAGGCGAGUGGUUACUCUCCAGUGAGCACUCAAGAGCAGGGCAGGGCAGCCCUUGUGGAGCCCAGCAGAGCACAGGAGGUACCGGGGGAUGCUGAGGGGGCAGGGGAACCAAAAGCCCUUCUCUCUGUCACCCAGCUGGUCCUGCGGCGGGGCCUGACCACGCUUGCGGCCGUCCUAAUCUUGGUUGCUGGGGUGGCGGCCCAUCUCGUCCUCCCUCCUCCAGACACGCCCCCACAGGGCAACCUCACCCUCGACUGGAGCAACUUCUCCACCCCAGCGCCACCUCUCAACACAUCCCUGCUGAUGUCAUGAAAAAUAGGUUCCCCCUGAAAAACGAGUUCCCCUUGUCAUAAUGACAUCACAUGUCAUAGGGAAUGUCUGUUCCAGCGAGAGCAGACAUUGUGGAAUAAGCAUGAUACAACUAAAUAGUUGAUGUGAACAAAAUGACUUGGAGGCGCAAACAUUGUAUAAAAUGAACUUGAGUUUUAUCUUAGGAAAAUUUUAGUUUUGAAAUUAAUUUGAUGUACCAUGUGCCCGAAGGAGCACAAUGCAAAUGAAUAAUGAACUAAAAAGCAAAUAUAUUGCUGACUAGUCAGCAUGCAGUUAUUAGCUAGCUAGCCCACCAUAAAUCCUAACCAUCUCAUUUCCUCCCCCCCCCCCCAGUCCUCUAGUUUAAAAAAAAAAAAAUCAGACAGUGUGAUUGUGGACUUAUUUGAAAUACCAGCUGCAGUGCAAUCCAUUUUUUGAUGAUUUUUCAUUUGUCUGCGUAACUAAUUCAAGUGACAAAUUUGUCGUGGUUAAGAUAAGGAAUGUAAACUAGUGGGCUGAAUAUAGUUGCUCAACUUACACAAUAGCAGAGAAAUCUGUUUGUAUGACUUAUCAAAUGACAUUUAUUGGCCUACUA